AUGAGUGUACGACAUCGAGGAGAUGUGAGUAAUCAUGAUGAAGUAGAAUCUAUUGCUUCAAGUAGCGGGCCAAUGUCGCCUGCUAGAUCGAUAAGAAGACUUACUUCUACAUAUAUUGAGGCUUAUCCAGAAACAGAGAGUACACGAUUCAUAUCAUUUAAUUUCCCAAAGAGAGUGUUUAGAUGGAUAUACUCGUUUUCAUUGGUUCUUUUGGUGUUACUUACGCUUGGUUUCAUCGCAGUUACACCAAUCGAUGUUAUUGUGCAGACAUCCGAGUCAUCGUAUUCUGCGGUCAAGAUGUUUAUUGUGAUUAUUGUUUGCGUAGUGUUUCUAGUGGCGGCAUUAAUCAUAUAUUUUCUGAGGAUUGUCCAGAAUAGAAUUGCAUUGAAUGAUAUACCAUCCAAGUCUGUAUAUAUUCCAUUUGAAGGUGAUAUGCCGAGGACAUGCGUCAAGGCGAUAGAUGCCAAACUAAAAGAGUGUGUGAGUGAAAUAAAAGUCAAAGCUGGUCCUUUGCACAAUGAAAAGAUUAUUAUAAAUCAUCCAGGGGUGUCUCCCCCAGAGUACGUUCAAAAACGAAAUAUUAGUGAGACCGGAGAGGGUACUUUGCUACCACCGAACGCUUGUUAUGAAGAUGUGAUACGAAGUUUAGGUGAUAGAUUCAAGCUUGAUGGGCGGGUUUUAACUCAAGUUGAUUUUCCAAAUCAUCUUUCUUUAAGAGAAAUCAUACUUUUCUUAUCAGAAAAGUACCUAAAUGAUCCAAGUACUGAUAAAAAGCAAGUACCUAAUUUAAAACUUAUAAUUGAAUUAUAUGAAAAAUUUAAGUUUGGUCCAGAUUUAAUCAAAGAAUGGGAGCUUUUAGACUUCAUAAUUGAAUUUGACAAACUUGGACAGUUUUUUCAAAAUAAUGUGGCGAGCAAUAUCAGCAAACCAGCUAGGAGAACCCCUAGAUCAAGAUCUUACUACAGUGAUACAGAUAUGUUGGAGCAGUCACUAUUUGGGCCGGAAGCGUCUAGUAGAUCCGAAUUCCAUUAUCAUAAUAGCGAUAGAGAAGAGGAUUACGACAAAAAUGUUCCAGCAGAGUAUCAAUUUAUUACGCAUAGACCGAAAGAUAGAUACUACAACAACUUAGAAAGUUCAGAUCAAUUGAAUCCUCAGAAUAAGAACUUGUCUUCAACAUCGUUUGGCUCGUGGUCUUCCUCUUCUGUGAAGCAACCUAGAAGACGAAAAUUCAGUACAAGUAGUGCUGGCAGUUCAAAGUCUGUUAUUAAAAAUAAAUUGGCAUUACCCAGUAUUGUGGAUAAUGGCAACUUCAAUGUGAUGAAGUAUAACGGUGACGCAGAAUCUAAUAAUAGGAGGUACAGUGGAUAUAUCAGUGAUUCAGAAAAUGAAUUAAACUACUAA